UUGGUGGGUGGUGCUCCGUCGUUUCAGGUCUGGGAUUCUUUGCAGGGAUCGAGACAAGGCUGGACACGAUUUCAGCCAUAUUCGGCUUCAGAGAGAACCACACCGGCUAGUUCAAACUAGCACAGAGGGAUUCACCAACGAAAGAACUGCCACUCCCAAUUUUUGUGGACUCAUUUCCUUAGUUUUAGAAUAUUUCCUGACUUCUCUCCGGCAUGCGAGGAGAUUGGUGGUCUAGCAAACGAGGGAAUGGGCGGCCGGUCAACCUGAGAUUCGACGGGGGAAAACGACGUCCCAUUUUCUAACGUUAAGUGGAAAGUACAGAUUUGUCAGGAUUAAAGCAAAUGGAACCGACUGGGCCUCGAGUCUGAGAAACGGGAGCACAGUGGCGACGGCAGCAACCACGGGACAAGAUUAAAUAGACUACUAACGUUAAAGAAAUUUAAUGUUGGGGUUAUUUUGCUAGCUAGCUUUAGGCUAGCUAGCAAGUUGGAGUCUGGGACUUCAGUGCUCCACGUCUGCCAAAUUAAUCUUUAUUUUUUGGCUACGCUGAAAGGGUGCAGGGUAAUCUCCUCUAUUACCAAUACGGGGAGCAUUUUUCGGGCGCAGGGAGUGGUAGUCUGCGUGCUAGAUAAUUGUUAGAAAAUGUCUGCGAAGGUGCGCCUGAAGAAGUUGGAGCAGUUGCUCUUGGAUGGCCACCAAAAGAAUCCAAGUUCACUCAGCGUCGAAACACUUCUGGAUAUUUUAAUAUGUUUGUUCAACGAAUGCAGCAAUUCGCCCUUAAAACGGGAGAAACACGUGACGGAGUUCUUGGAAUGGGUGAAGCCGUUCACCACCACAGUGAAGGAGAUGCGCCUCCACAGGGACGACUUCGAGAUGCUGAAGGUCAUCGGACGCGGAGCGUUUGGAGAGGUUGCUGUUGUAAAGAUGAAAAACACAGAACGGGUCUAUGCCAUGAAAAUCCUCAACAAGUGGGAGAUGCUGAAAAGAGCAGAGACGGCCUGCUUCCGGGAGGAGAGGGACGUCCUGGUGAACGGAGACUGCCAGUGGAUCACCACCCUGCAUUACGCCUUCCAGGAUGACAACUACCUGUACCUGGUGAUGGACUACUACGUGGGCGGGGACCUGCUAACCCUGUUGAGUAAGUUUGAAGAUCGUCUCCCGGAAGACAUGUCCAAGUUCUAUGUGGCAGAGAUGGUGCUGGCUAUCCACUCCAUCCACCAGCAGAACUACGUGCACAGGGAUAUCAAGCCAGAUAAUGUGCUGUUGGACAUGAACGGUCAUAUCCGCCUGGCUGACUUCGGCUCCUGUCUUCGGAUGAUGCCUGAUGGCACGGUCCAGUCGUCGGUUGCCGUAGGAACACCAGACUACAUCUCCCCGGAGAUCCUGCAGGCGAUGGAGGACGGGAUGGGGAAAUACGGGCCAGAGUGUGACUGGUGGUCUCUGGGCGUCUGCAUGUACGAGAUGCUCUACGGAGAAACGCCGUUCUACGCAGAGUCCCUGGUGGAGACCUACGGCAAGAUCAUGAACCAUGAGGAGCGUUUCCAGUUUCCGGCUCACAUCACGGACGUGUCCGAGGACGCCAAGGACCUGAUCCAGCAGCUUAUAUGCGGCAGGCAGCGCCGUCUGGGCCAGAACGGCAUCGAGGAGUUCCGGCAGCACCCGUUCUUCUCCGGCAUCGACUGGGAGCACAUCCGCAACACUGAGGCGCCCUACAUCCCCGACGUCAGCUCGCCCUCUGACACCUCCAACUUCGACGUGGACGACGAUGUCCUGAAGAACCCGGACAUCGCUCCCCCAAUGUCCCACACCGGCUUCACUGGGCAGCACCUGCCCUUCGUGGGCUUCACCUACACCACCGAGAGUUGCUUCUCCGACUGUGGGUCUGUGUGUCUGUCGGGGCUGAGCGGCUUGGGCUCGGGAUCGGGCUCUGCAGAGGGAGAGGAGGACGGAGGCAUGCAGGUGGAGGCGUUCGAGAGGAGGAUCCGCUGCCUGGAGAAGGAAAACCAGGAGCUCAACCGCAAGCUGCAGGAAUCAGCCCAGACAUCAGGACGCGGAACAAGCACCUUGGGCCGGGACAAGGAAAUAAAGAAACUUAACGAGGAGAUAGACCGCCUGAAGAAAAAACUAGCCGACUCUGAUAGGCUGGAGCACCAGCUGGAGGAGGCAGUGACCCUGCGACAGGAUUACGAGAGCUCCUCCACCAAGCUGAAGGCCCUGGACAAGCAGGUCAAAGCCCUCAGGCAGGAGAAGGAGGAGAUCCAUAAGCAACUGGUGGAGUCUCUGGAGCGCCUGAAGUCUCAGACGAAGGAGCUGAAGGACGCUCACCAGCAGCGCAAGCUGGCGAUGCAGGAGUUCUCCGAGCUGAACGAGCGCAUGGCCGAGCUGCGCUCGCACAAGCAGCGGCUCUCACGGCAGCUCCGCGACAAGGAGGAGGAGAUGGAUGUGGUCAUGCAGAAGCUCGACGCCAUGCGACAGGACAUCCGCAAGACCGACAAGGCCCGCAAGGAGCUGGAGGGUCAGCUGGAGGAUGCCAAGGCGGACGCCUCUAAGGAGCGCAAGCUCCGGGAGCACAGCGAGGUCUACUCCAAACAGCUGGAGAGUGAGCUGGAGAGCCUAAAGGUGAAGCAGGGCGUGGGGCGCAUGUCGGGCCUGAGUGCGGACGCCCAGCAGGAGAUGUCCAAGCUGAAGUCGGAGCUGGACAAGAAGGUGCUGUUCUACGAGGAGGAGCUGGUGCGCCGCGAGGCCUCGCACACCAGCGAGCUGAAGAACCUGCGCAAGGAGCUGCACGACUCCGAGGGCCAGCAGCUCUCCCUGCACAAGGAACUGCUCAUGCUCAAGGACAAGCUGGAGAAGGCCAAACGCGAGAGGCAAACGGAGAUGGACGAGACGCUGGGCGCCCUGAAGGACAAGAGCGAGCGCGAGCGCAACCUGCUGACCGACGACAACCGCAAGCUGACGUCCGAGAACGACCGGCUGUGCACGUUUGUGGACAAGCUGACGGCCCAGAACCGGCAGCUGGAGGAUGAACUGCAGGACCUGGCCUCCAAGAAGGAGAGUGUGGCCCACUGGGAAGCCCAGAUCGCUGAGAUCAUCCAGUGGGUGAGUGAUGAGAAGGACGCUCGUGGCUAUCUGCAAGCCCUGGCCUCCAAGAUGACUGAGGAGCUGGAGUCUCUCCGUACCUCGAGCCUUGGACCCCGACCUCUGGACCCCUUGUGGAAGGUGCGGCGAAGCCAGAAGCUGGACAUGUCGGCCCGGCUGGAGUUGCAGUCAGCACUGGACGCAGAGAUCCGUGCCAAGCAGCUGGUCCAGGAGGAGCUCCGUAAAGUCAAGGCAUCCAACAUCUCCCUGGAGGGCAAACAGAAGGAGAUGGAGUCCAUGAACAAGGACAUGGAGGAGGAGAUGGAUAACCUGAGGAAAGACCUAGAGGAGAGCCGUUCACGCUCCGACAAAGGCUUAAAGCUGCCCGACUUCCAGGAUUCCAUCUUUGAGUACUUCAACACUUCUCCCCUGGCCCACGACCUGACCUUCAGGGAUUCAGUCUCGUCCUCAUCUGCGUCCUCUCUGCUAGCAUUUUGGGAUGAAACCAGCUCAGUCAGUGAGGUCGACGCCACGGCCCAGAAGUCGGAUGUCCCAUCCUCCUCCUCCCCGUCGGUCACCUCGGAGCAGGAAGAGCCUGCCAGGCCUCCGGCCGCCACCCCCCCUGCACCAUCUACAGCUUAUCAGUCCUCACUGCUGACCACACCAAAGCCUAAAGCUCACCAGCUGAGCAUCAAGACCUUCUCCAGCCCCACCCAGUGCACCCACUGCACCUCCCUGAUGGUGGGCCUGAUUCGGCAGGGCUACGCCUGCGAAGUGUGCUCCUUCAUCUGUCAUGUGUCUUGUAAGGAUAACGCACCGCUGGUGUGCCCCAUUCCCCCGGAGCAGGCCAAGAGGCCGCUGGGCAUUGAUGUGCAGAGGGGCAUUGGCACGGCCUACAAGGGCUUUGUCAGGAUCCCCAAGCCCACAGGCGUGAAGAAGGGCUGGCAGAGGGCCUAUGCCGUGGUGUGUGACUGCAAGCUCUUCCUGUACGAGGUGCCCGAAGGGAAGUCCACCCAGCCCGGAGUGGUGGCCAGCCAGGUCCUCGACCUGAGAGAUGAAGAGUUUUCUGUGAGCUCAGUCCUGGCCUCUGAUUGUAUUCACGCCACGCGUAAAGACGUCCCCUGCAUAUUUCGGGUGACAUCGUCUCUGCUGAGUUCUCCGGCGGGGGCGCGGUGCAUGUCGCUGCUGGUGCUGGCCGAGAGCGAGGCGGAGAAGAGGAAGUGGGUGGGCAUCCUGGAGGGCCUGCAGAGCAUCCUGGCCAAGAACCGCCUAAGGAACCGCGUGGUGCACGAGCUGCUCGAGGCCUACGACAGCAACCUGCCCGCCAUCAAGACCAUGCUCUGCGCCGCCGUCGUUGAUCGAGAGCGCAUCGCCCUGGGUACAGAGGAAGGCCUAGUGGUGGUCGAAGUUACCAGAGAUGUGAUCGUGCGCGCAGCCGACUGCAAGAAGGUUGCUCAGAUCGAGCUCAUCCCCAAAGAAAAGAUGGUGGCGCUCCUCUGCGGCCGCAACCGCCACGUGCACCUCCACCCCUGGGGGGCGCUGGAGGGCGUCGAAGCCACCUUCGACAUCAAGCUCACUGAGACCAAGGGCUGCCAGGCGCUGGUGACGGGCACCCUCCGCCCCGGCGGCCCCGCCUGCCUCCUCGCCGCCGUCAAGCGGCAGGUGCUCUGCUACGAGAUCACGCGCGCCAAGCCGCACCACCGCAAGCUGUGGGAGGUGCAGGCACCGGGCGUGGUGCAGUGGCUGGGCAUAGUGCGGGAGCGGCUGUGCGUGGGCUACCCGUCGGGCUUCGCGCUGCUGGCGCUGCAAGGCGAGUCGUCGCCCGUGAGCCUGGUGAGCCCCGGCGACCCGUCGCUGGCAUUCCUGGCACAGCAGCCGCUGGACGCGCUCCACGCCAUGGAGGUGGGCGCCAACGAGCUGCUGCUCUGCUUCGGCCAGCUGGGCGUCUACGUGGACGGGCAGGGGCGGCGCUCGCGCGCGCAGGAACUCAUGUGGCCCGCCACGCCACUCGCCUGCAGCUCCAACGCCACCUACCUGACUGUUUACAGCGACUACGGGGUGGAUGUCUUUGACGUCCACACUAUGGAGUGGGUCCAGACCAUUUCACUGAGGAAGAUCCGGCCUCUGAAUGUGGAGGGCAGCCUGAACCUGCUGGGCGUUGAACAACCACGCCUCAUCUACUUCAGCAACAACUCGCCAGAAGGCUGUGAGCUGUCCAUCCCCGAGACGUCAGAGAACAGCAAGAAGCUGAUGGUGCGCACGCGCAGCAAGAGGAAGUUCCUCUUCAAGGUGCCCGAGGAGGAGCGUCUGCAGCAGAGGAGAGAGAUGCUGAGAGACCCUGAGCUGAGAUCCAAGAUGAUCUCCCACCCGACUAACUUCAACCACGUGGCGCACAUGGGACCGGGCGACGGCAUGCAGGCCCUCAUGGACCUGCCUCUGAGUGUGAUUGCCGCUUCUCAUGACGACUCGGUCAAGGACAAGCCACGCCCACUCUCCAGUAUCUCCCGGCAACAGAGGAGCAAGACCCACAUUACACGCACCGCUUCUGGAGGAGGGGAUUUUGGAGGAGCCGGCUCGUCCCGCAAUAUAUCUGACCCAGAUGCCGACUAUGAGAGAGAGCCUGAUUCGGACUCCACCAAACACUCCACACCCUCCAACUCCUCCAACCCCAGCAGUCCCCCGAGCCCCAACUCACCCCACCGCAGCCAGCUCACCCUCGACGGGCUCGACCACACCCUGGAUGGCUGAGGACCUCUGGCCCUCUUUUUCUCACACACACACACACACACACACACACACACACAGAGAGAGAGAGAGAGUCAAACCUAUCCCGUGCAACUAGGAACUUUAUAAGUGCCAAGAGCAGACUCUUCACCCCACCACAAAACCACAAAACAAACAAAAAAAAACACACAAACUGCACCUCACCACCAUGCCCUGAUCUCCCCACCACAUCAGCAAGGCUCAAAGAAAAAACGACAAAACAGAAAAACAAGUCCUGUUUGUCACUUGGAUGCGAUGAUGAUGAUGAUGAUGAUAAUAAUGAUAUUAACACUUGUGGUUGGGUCUGACUGCAGCGUGGGUAUAUAUGUGUACUGGUAUCUUUUAAUGCUGCAAACUUGAUGUAGCCGUUUUGGAAUUUUCAGCAGGAAAAAGAAAGAUGUCCUCAAUUUGCUGAGGGACCAAUGGUAUUUUAGCUAACAGGGUCAAGUUAUUGGUGUUAGACUUUUAAAAGAAAAAUUCCAUGGCAUUUUCCUGUGACUGUGUUUUUUUUUUUUUUUUAUAUAAACAUCAGUAGAGUUGCAAAUACUUAGAGCUGCAGAGAGCUGAAUAUGCAUCAGGACCUUAAGCUUCGAGACUUGCAGAGAAGAAGACUCCUGUUCUUCCCUCUGCCACUGCCUGAUCAGAGCAAGAGCUCAAAGAAAACGACAAAAGAGAUAAAGAGAGAGGGGGAAUGAGAGACUUGAGUUUGUUUUUAAAGUUUUCUACUGUGGCGGUGACCCACCCAGAUGUGAGGAAAGAAGACAAAGGUCCGGCACGGAACCACUUAAGCAGAAUCGAGGGCAGAGAGGAACAGUUCCUCCUUAGGCCCUGCGGAACGUGACCUCACUGGCUUAUUUCAGAGAGUGCGUCUUUUUUUCCACGUCUGGAGUGAAGAGGUAAAAGCAGAAUGAUGAGUAGAUGAACGAUAAAUGCUGACCAGACUCUGGGAGUCUAUGGCAUUCACCGGACUGCGGAGGUUUUUAGCCAAACCCAGUGGGCACUUUUAUUGUGUGUGUUUUUGUUUUCUCUUUUUUUUUUUUCUUCUCUCAAUUAUACAUUUUCAGACAGCCUUUGUAACAUUCAUGUUUUAACCUUAGGUAAAUCUGCCACAAAAAAUAUAUAUAUAUAUAUAUAUAGUCAGUGGAUCAAACCACAUCACAUGAACAAGGCAGGAUAAAAAAAGAAAAGGACUUUAAAAUAAACUGAAGCCAGACUUUAUAGAUGAUGUAAUGUGUUUUAAGAAGAAAAAGAA